AAUACAGAGGCGACGCAGCGAAGUGGCGGGGAAGGAGCUGCGCCUGCCGGACUCUGGGGAGGCUCUCCUCUCAGCGGGACGGGAUGUGCUCCAUGGCGCUGGCCGGCUCCGCUUCUCCUUCCUGCAGCAGCGAGCGUCUGGAGGCAGCAGGAGCGUCCGGCAGAUAGAGGUUCAGUUUGAAGAGAAGCAGCAUGGAGGAGGGCGCAGUGAGCCGGGCGCUGGCCGGGUUCAGGGCCACGCUGGACGCCGCCGUCAGGGAGGUCCACGUGGACAUCAGCGCCUUCAAGCAGCAGGUGGAGCAGCGGAUGGAUGAGCUGCGGGUGUCUAGCCGGCCGCUGAGCGACGCCGUGGCCCGACUGCAAGAGGAGAACCUGCAGCUGCGGGCCCGGCUGGACGCCCUGAGCUGCGCCGUGGGGGAGCUGGCCAGGGCCCGCGGCCCGGAGAACGGCCACGACGAGGCCGGGCCGCCGGACUGGGCCUCACCAGAACCUGGCUGGGGCGGGUCUGGACACGCUCAGGUGCCGGGACCGGGCAGCGAUGACCCUGGUCCAGCUCCCUGGAGACUGAAGAGRCACGCGGACACAAACGACUUGCGUCUGAAAGCUGCGAUGAAGCCACGCCCCUUUCUCACCUGGCCACAGAAACCCUCAGCUCACCUGGUCAGUUCGUGUUUCWUCAUCCUCCUGUUGCAGGUGAACUACAGGAAGAUAAACGUUACUGUCAACCAGGAAGAGUCKGGUCCGUUGACCAAACCACAUCUUCCUCUCACUGCAAUGACAAAAACCAACUCAGAUGCUCUGGUGAGCACGCCGUCUCCCACUGCUGUGGCCCAAACCAGCAAGGAAUCCCAGUCCAAACCAGUGGAGUCGACUGUAAUCAGCGGCGCUCCCGGAGCGAAGGAUCCGAUCUCCCAGAAUCCCUGGGAUCAGUCCGACUCUGAGGCUUCAUCCCAUCUUCCCAUCGCUGCUGCCACYAGAAUCCUGUCAGACGUUCCCGCAGUGCCUAAAUCUGAUCAGACCGCCGCGUCUCGCCUCAAUCCUUCAGCGCAGGAAACGGCAGCGGCGCCAAAGCAAAUGGAUCAUCCAGUCAGACGCGCCUUCAUGAAGUCUGGACUCUCACCCAAACUGGACCUCAGGUCCAACAACUCUGGAGGAAUGAAAUCGGAAGUGAUGAAAUCCCAAACCCUUCCGCGCUCCAACGGCGCCCAAGCCAAACGGGCCCUGUUUGAACGAAUGAACUCUGACCCCAUAAAGCCGAAGGACUCCAAGCCCAAACUGAAGCGCUCCCAGAGUUUCGGCGUAUCGAGCGCCAGCGGGAUAAAGCAGAUCCUUCUGGAGUGGUGUCGCUCCAAAACCAUCGGCUACAAGAACAUAGACAUCCAGAACUUCUCCUCCAGCUGGAGUGACGGCAUGGCCUUCUGUGCUCUGGUCCACUCCUUCUUCCCAUUGGAGUUCGACUACAAUGCUCUGAAUCCGGCGAACCGCAGACAGAACCUGCAGACGGCCUUCACUAUAGCAGAGCAGCAGGCGGACUGUCUGCGGCUGAUCGAGGUGGACGACAUGCUGGACAUGGGGGACAAGCCGGACCCCAUGUGUGUGUUCACCUACGUCCAGUCGCUCUACAACCACCUGAAGAAGUUUGAGUAGCUCUGGCUAGUUUCACGCAGAGUGAGUGUGUUCACCAGCUGACUGAGUGUGUGUGUGUGUGUGUAGCGGGUCCUGAGAUCUGAAGAUGAAUACUGGAUGGGAGAGAGGACGUCGCCAUCUGCUGGUGGAGCAAAGGAACGUUGUCCACCUGUUGUAGUUGAAAUUAGUUGGUUGACUUGAUGAACUCUGAUUUGAAGUGUUUCACUGAAGCGUGGAAAGUCAAGGUGGUUGCCAUGGUUACCRCCCAGUMUGGAAAAGGGUUGAGAAUGAGAAAAAAAUUGUUUUUCUGUUUCCCAAUGUAUAAACGUUGUUUCCUUCCUUA